AGCAAACGUCCGCGGAGGAAAUUACAAUUCCGAGAAAUUGCAGUUGUGCCAAAAUACUUACACAUAUGGCAGACGAUAUCGUUAUACAAAGUGCAAUAUCAAACACCCAAUCAACGAAUAAUUGACAAAAGCUAGAACCAAAAACACUAACAUGCCAAGUAAAUAAUAACAACAAGAAAUCCGUAUCACCCGAGCGCAGGAGUCCACAGCUGCUAACUACAGCCUCCACGUAAUAUCACCACAUAAUUUACGAAUAUAUUUGUGCAAUCUAGCUGAAUUUUAAGCCUACAUGCAUAUAUACUACAUAAGUGUUUCCCGAUUAAACACAGAGUUCGAAUUGAAGCCGGGACCAGGACAUUGGUCAAAGUCAAAGCUGUGUAACGAAAGGCGAGCCGCAAGGAAGCAGCAAAAUCAAAGUGCAAAAAACUGAACGCCAAAAGAAGAGAGACGCACACACACACACAAGAGCGCAUGCUGUGCGCCGCAGGAGAGGAAGAAGAAGUAGCCGCAGCAUCAGUGUGAGUGCCGAAGCGUACAGUGGUGCAGAGGCCGGAGAGGAGUAAACAAAAGUGGAGCAGGACAGCGACUGUUAAGGAGACGGAGACGAACCAGCAACCAGCAAACAACUGCUAUAAUCUACCUCCGAACGAUAACAAAACAACACUGCAGCAAUUACAGCAAUAAAGAGUUUAAAAAACUAAGAAAAAAACAACGAACAGAGCUGUCACCAUUGUUGUUGUAAUUUAGUAGGAACCAGCGCCAGCGCCGAAACGCCAUCUAUCGCCGACCAUCCGCAGCCUCAUCGCACACAGGGCGAAAGCGACACAGACGACGAAAAACGGCGAGAGCAGCGGCAGUUGUGUAUGAGAGAAGGAGGAGAACCAGCAGAAGGCUGAACUCGAACGGUGUUGUUUGGUGUGGUGUGGUGCGGUGAGAUAAGUAAGGUGAGGAGCAAGGGAGUCGAGUAGCCGGGCCACAAACAAUAAUUUCUGCUACGACAGCAAGUAAAAAAUACAACUAUCUGCGUCAACGACUGCUUCUGCGAAUGCGACUGCGACUUUUGGCUUUCUUUCGUUGUUGUCUUCCAUUGUAGUGUGCGUUGUGUGCUGCUGUCAUCGUUGAUUCCGCGUCCAUACCCGUACCUGGGGGACAGCAGCUCCUCCAUUGUGGGAGCGAGCAGAAACUACAGACAGCCCACAGCAGCACCAUCGGACCAAAUCAGACUAGACCAAUUGCCUUGCCCGCCAAUAUGGCGUGCCUUAACACCUUAAAGCAGGAAAUCAAAACUCUGGAGAAGAUCUUCCCGAAGAAUCACGAACGCUUUCAGAUACUCAACUCCAGCGUCGACGAGCUCUUGUGCAGGUUCAUCGAUAAGAACGGAAAGCGUUACGACAUCCAUGCGAAUAUAACGGAAACGUAUCCAUCAUCGCCGCCAGUGUGGUUUGCCGAGAGCGAGGAGACGAGCGUCACCAAUGCUGUUCAAAUACUUAGCAAUACAAAUGGUCGUGAUAAUCACGUGAUCAAUCAGGUUGGCAUAUUGCUGCGCGAGCUGUGCCGAUUACACAACGUUCCACUGCCACCCGAUGUAGACAAUUUAACGUUGCCAUUGCAAACGCCACCGCCAUCGGCUUCCCCGCUGCGCUGCGAACAGAGGAAAAUGGGGUCGCAUGGGGGCAACGAGGAGACCGACUCCGAUCAGGACGAGAUCGAGGAUCCCAUCGGCGAGAGCGAACAGGAGAGCGAGGGCGACGAAGAUUUGCCAUUGGAAAUGGAUGAUGUACGGAGUACAAAUAAGAAAGAUGACAUGGAAGUGGAGCACUUAGCGACCCUCGAAAGACUGCGUCAAAGUCAAAGACAAGACUAUUUAAAAGGUUCCGUUUCGGGUUCCGUACAGGCAACCGAUCGCCUAAUGAAGGAACUACGUGAUAUUUAUCGAUCGGACGCCUUCAAGAAGAACAUGUAUUUGAUUGAGCUGGUGAAUGACUCGAUCUACGAGUGGAACAUCCGCCUCAAGUCUGUGGACCCCGACAGUCCGCUGCACAGUGAUCUACUAAUGCUCAAGGAGAAGGAGGGCAAGGACAGCAUACUCCUCAACAUCCUUUUCAAGGAGACCUAUCCCUUUGAGCCACCCUUUGUCCGCGUCGUGCACCCAAUCAUCUCAGGUGGAUAUGUGCUCAUCGGCGGCGCCAUUUGCAUGGAGCUGCUGACCAAACAGGGAUGGAGCUCAGCCUACACUGUCGAGGCGGUGAUCAUGCAGAUAGCCGCCACCCUCGUCAAGGGCAAGGCGCGGAUACAGUUUGGGGCCACUAAGUCUCAUCAUGAACAGGCACUGACCCAAGGCCAGUACAGCCUGGCAAGAGCCCAGCAAAGCUUCAAGUCCCUUGUGCAGAUACACGAGAAGAAUGGUUGGUUCACACCGCCCAAGGAGGAUGGCUAAGGCGGUUCAGUUUAGUCCGGACUCGCAUCUACACACCAUUACCACCACCAGCACCACGACCACAAAAAACAGCAUCAGCACACACAUCUUUUGCCCCCCUCCCCUUUUUCUGGCACACACAGUUUUUGAUCAGUUGUUGAUUAGAUGAGCCCUAAGAUAAACAGACGGACGGAAGUCUCCAAACAAUUAUGUGUAUUUUCUUUAUGUAUAGCAAAUCUUAUAUUUAUAUCCAACUGCCUAUAUAAUUUGAUACGUGUCUGUGGACUUUUGUGUUUCAAGUGCACCCACCCAUCCACAUCCAUGUGUAUAUGUCAUGUGUGAGUGAACACGGGUAUAAAUGGAUCUGUGUAAGCGGUGAGCCAAAAAUCGGACGCAACUUCAGCAAAAGUAGCAGCGACGGCGCAAGGAAUCCUUUGGUCCCAGUCCUUGCCUAGCCCCGAAUCCAUGCCAAUCUCUCUAUCAUCAUGAUGGUGUGUCUUGUAUAGAGUGUUGGAAGAACAGGCGGAACGCAGGAGGAACAGAGUGCAACAUACAUGCAAAGGCAAUAUGUAUCUGUUAUGUAUAUGAAUGUAAUUUGUAAUUUAAUUGUAAAUGCAGUGGCUCCUCGAUUUUCAUUUCCGCUUACACUCAUUUCUUCCACCCACACACACACACACACACACAUACAUACACAUACACAAUUGUGGAGCCACAAAAAUAACCAGAAACAAACAAACACUGAUCCUCCCCCACUCGCCCAUCAUAUUUGUAACUAGUUAAGUCGUAUGUCCUGAUUGUAAUCUUAUUUAGUUUAACAAAUUUUGUGUAAUCAUAUAAAAUUCUCUCUACUGGCUGGCGGCGAUCGGUGCGAGCAGCAUUGAGAAGUAAGGCACAGAUCUAGCGCGAUAGAUAUAUAUAUAUAUAUACAUAUACCUAUAAAAAAAAAACACACACACACACAUACAUAAAUAUACAUAUAAAUAUACAAAUAUAUAUAUAUAUUUACAUGUACUAAGUGUAAGCUAAAACGUAAAACAACAACAGAACUAUGAUGCGUCGCAACUUCAAGUGUAAAUUCGUCUUUCCAAAUAAUCGUACCAUAAAAUAAAAUAAAAUAAAGUAAACCUACAGUUAAUCUAAAUAUACAUUUAGAUACGAGUAAAGCUAACAUGUACAUGUACAUGCAUAUGUAGAUUCAUUCGAUGGGAGAAGGAGCCACCAGCAACCAGCAGAGAAAGUAAACGAAGUAGAAUCGUAUAGUAAUCGCAGAAUAUUAAUAAACGCAAAGUUAAAUCGAGGGCUGAGCAGUUUGGUUGCCUCCUCCAUUAUAACUCUGAUUUUUUAUUAUUCCCACGACGGCGUACAAAAUUGAAUUGUACAUUACGAAUCGGCAAUUGGCAAACAACAUGAAUUGUUCAUUUUAAGUAUGUAUUUAAUAAAAAACAAAACACAA